AUGGGGAAGCUCGAAGACGAAGGCAGCUCCGAGGCCGUGCCCUUAACUAGUCGGCGAUCGAAUUCACUCGCCUCGCAAGCUACCACCGAUUCGGGCUUGUCGGUCGCCUCGGCGACUUUCCUCGAAGCUCACAAGGCAAGCAUGCUAGCCGACAAUCAAGGAGGAGAAGGGGAGGGACAGGGACAACGAUACUACGAUAUGGAAGAUGGGCCAAAUGAAGGUUCGGACGAGCCAUUCCUACCAGGCCGGAAGAAGACAGCAGCCGUGUCGAGUCGGAUGCGUCGCGCUCUCUGGGCCUUGGGCUUGCUCUGUGUUGGUGGUUGGCUGCUCGCCUUCGUGCUGUUCUUGACGUCGGAGCGACCCGGCACCGCGGCACUCUCGUCUACCUCAACCGUUACUAUUCACGAUCCGCACUCUGCUACCGGAGGCACUAGCUACGGACGAUCCGUCACAUUGGAGCAGAUGUUGAAGGGGGAGUGGUUACCGCGGUCGCAUGCCAUUUCCUGGAUUGCUGGGCCAAAUGGUGAAGAUGGACUGUUGGUGGAACAAGGCGAAAGUGGAGAUGGCUUUUUGCGAGUGGAGGAUAUUCGAAGCCGCAAAAACAAGUCGGGUGCUCUGGAAACCCGUGUCUUGAUGGACAAAGCCGAGUUCCGGGUUGAUGGCGAACUCGUCAGGCCGGCCAUGACUUGGCCGAGCCCGAAUUUGGAGAAAGUUUUGAUCAUGUCUGACUACAAGAGUAAUUGGAGACACUCUUUCUAUGGCAAAUAUUGGAUUAUGGAUGUCGCGACUCAGGAGGCGGAGCCGCUGGACCACAGUGACUUGAGUGAUCGGGUUCAGCUGGCUGUUUGGUCGCCCCAGUCUGAUGCCGUUGUUUUUGUCCGCGAGAAUAAUGUCUUUUUGCGGAAACUGUCUUCAUUGGAGGUUAUUCCUAUCACCAAAAACGGUGGUGACGACCUCUUCUAUGGUGUUCCCGAUUGGGUUUAUGAAGAAGAGGUCUUCCAGGGUAAAACUGGCACUUGGUGGUCGCAAGAUGGAAAGUUCCUGACUUUCCUGCGCACCAACGAGACUGCUGUUCCCGAAUACCCGGUUCAGUACUUCCUGUCUCGCCCUUCAGGCAAGGCUCCGGAACCUGGCCUGGAGAAUUAUCCAGAGGUCCGACAAAUCAAGUAUCCCAAGUCUGGAGCACCCAACCCAGUGGUGGACUUGCAAUUCUAUGAUGUCGAAAAGAACGAGGUUUUCUCUAUCGCCAUGCCGGACGAUUUUGCUGAUGAUGACCGGAUCAUCAUUGAAAUUGUCUGGGGGAACGGAGGCAACGUUCUUAUUCGCGAGACCAAUCGUGAGAGUGACGUUGUUAAGAUCUUUGUUCUCGACACCAAGACUCGAACUGGAAAGCUUUCUCGGACAGAGGACAUUGCUGCCUUGGAUGGUGGCUGGGUUGAGCCCUCGCAGUCGACUCGUUUCAUUCCCGCAGACCCGAAAAAUGGCCGACCAGAGGAUGGAUACAUCGAUACUGUCAUCCACGAAGGCUAUGACCAUUUGGCAUACUUUUCUCCCAUUGAUAGCUCAGAGCCCAAAAUGCUUACAAAAGGAAAAUGGGAAGUCGUCAGCGCACCAUCUGCCGUUGAUUUGAAGAAAAACUUGGUUUACUUCGUAUCAACCCAGGAAGCGCCGACUGAACGGCAUGUAUACUCGGUCAAGCUUGAUGGAUCUGAUCUUCGACCCUUGACCGAUACAUCCAAGCCUGGGUACUUUGGUAUCUCAUUCUCAGAAGGCUCUGGAUAUGGACUGCUUACUUCCAAGGGACCCGCGGUACCCUGGCAAGCCAUAAUUAGCACCGAUGGUGAUAAAUUGGAGAUUGAAGACACUAUUGAAGAGAACCCGCACCUCAUUGAGAUGGUCGAGGAUUACGCACUACCUGCAGAGGUAUACACUAACGUGACGAUCGACGGGUAUACCCUCCAAGUGCUUGAGCGCCGGCCGCCACACUUCAACCCGUCUAAGAAAUAUCCCGUGCUCUUCUUCCUGUAUGGUGGACCCGGGUCCCAAACAGUUGACCGCAAGUUUACGGUCGACUUCCAAUCAUACGUCGCUUCGAGCCUUGGCUAUAUCGUUGUCACCGUCGAUGGACGGGGUACAGGUUUCAUUGGACGGGACGCCCGAUGCAUCGUCCGUGGCAACUUGGGCCACUACGAAGCGAACGAUCAGAUCGAAACAGCAAAGAUCUGGGCCGACAAGCCAUAUGUCGAUGAAGGCCGCAUGGCUGUGUGGGGCUGGAGCUAUGGCGGGUUCAUGACUUUGAAGAUCCUCGAACAGGAUGCUGGCCAGACAUUCCAGUAUGGCAUGGCUGUAGCACCUGUCACCGAUUGGAGAUAUUAUGACUCUAUAUACACAGAACGCUAUAUGCACACACCGCAGCACAACCUCGAAGGCUACGAGAAUGCGACGAUCUCCGACGCUGCGGCCUUGGGCGAGAACACGCGAUUCUUGAUCAUGCACGGUGUCGCCGAUGACAAUGUCCACCUCCAAAAUACACUUGUUUUGAUCGACAAGCUCGAUUUGGCGAAUAUCGACAACUACGAUAUGCAGGUGUUCCCCGAUUCAGAUCACAGCAUCUUUUUCCACAAUGGCCACACACUGGUCUAUGAACGUCUUUCGAGCUGGCUCGUCAAUGCGUUCAAUGGCGAAUGGGAUCGUAUCGCUAACCCAAAGCCCGAGCAAGACUCGGCAUGGAAUCGCGUGAAGCGGUCUUUGUCAUUCGACCUUCCCGCUUGA